AGAGUGAAAGCUCUCUUAUCCUGCUCACAUCACUUUUACUCAGUGUUCUGGACUUUCACUUUUACUCUUUUUCUUUAUAAACUGUAUUAAUUAUGGCUUUUCUUACCCACGCUGUCAGUUUCAUCCUGGUUGUGGUCCUUUGCAUCCAGCACAGUAAUGCUCAGUCAAUACCAGACAGAUGCAGGUGUCCCACCACGUCUGUGAAGGCUUCUAGGUGGAAAUAUAUCGAAGAGUUCUCCGUCACUGCACCGAGAUCCCGCUGCAAAGUCACUGAGAUCAUACUGACACUGAAGAUGACUACAAAGACAAACGAGCAACGCUGUAUUAGCCCGAAUAUUUAUCAAGGUGAAUUUCUUCAGGAGUGCUGGAACAGGAUAAACAAAGAUGGAAAGAGAGCCACUGUCAAGAUGGUGGAGUGUGGAAAUCCCAGAAACACGACAAAAGAGGUGGAUAAAGCGACCACGGCACAACAGCCCUGAGCAUCUGAAGAGGAGGGGUGUGUGUGAGUGUGUGGAAACUCCAGAACUUUCUGUGGUCACAUGACCAAAAUCAAAUCCAAUGGGAAUUCUGACAUCCAGCCUCUUUCCUCUGUUUGGAAACUCCAGUUGGAUUACCCAAGGGCACUCCAGCGAACUGUCAAACACAGAUGUUUAGCACUAAAGCCUUGCUGCAGGAUUAUCAUCCAUACUGAAUGUUUUAUAGGCCCGAAGAGCCGUCACCAUUUUAUUUAGUAUUUAAACCAUCUAAUAUUUAUUUGUAGUGAUUAAGUGUUUUAAAUAAAUGUGUACAUUUUUGUA